AUGGCUGGCCUUGAUCCAACGGGGGAUUGGAUGGGGCGGGGAGCUCGGGCCCUCGACAAUCCCCGUACCGCCACGGGAGAACACUCCUUGGAGCAGUUAUACCGCCUGUUAAGUGCUAUAAAUGAGCACGGUAAAGAGGCCCCACAAUUUGAGGAACUCAAAAAUAGAGUGUUCCUCAAGAAAGGCGGCCCUGAGGGAGACUCUAUCGCAUAA